AUGGCUGCCGAGAGAGUUCACAAGAUCCGUCACAAGCUGAACCCCGUACGUGAUUACAGACUAAUGGAUACCGUUCACUAUUUGGCCCAAGGUGAAUUUGCGCCGCGGGACGAUGGUAUAAAACUAACACCGUCGCGUGAAGCCGUUCUGAGUGAUAUUAUAUGGGAAGACGUUUGUAGAACUCAUUGGCCAAAUGCACGGCUCGCGCGUCGCCAGCAUUGUGAUCGUUAUAACAACAGAUUUGAAUUGCAACGGCUCAUUGAUAAUCUCCUACGAGAACGAGUGGCGCACGUUGAAAGACGGCGUCGGCGACAUUACAGAAUCGUUAAGCUCAACCAUAGGCACGAAAGCUGCAGACCAGUUGGUAAGACGGGUGACAUCAUUGUGGCGAGUCACAAGAGUAGACAGUCCAAUGAAGAUUCAGAGGUACCCGUAAUGAAGAAGAAUGCUGCCAGUGUGGUCCUAGCGAACAAUAAAUGCGACGAGCGCAAUCCUCGACGAAGCCACAGGAGUCAUGACCGCAUGACGUAUCCUUGGUUGCGUAGGAAGAAAUAUAAGCAAAAUGACUGUUCACCUGGGCCAAGUUCGGCUGUGUAUCGAUCCGCGGCUAGUAAAGACCGCUCUAGUGGCUAUCCAGCGUCUAACCUAAAUAAAAGCAAGAAGAAUACUGAAGCGACGCAAGCAUUUGUGCAGGAGCAAGCUAGCGCCAUGCUGAAAGAUGUAACAGCGGCUCGUCUCCGCCAUUGGGCGCUGAGCGGUUCAGAGAGCAAACUGGAACGCGCAGUGCUUUCGGGCCAGGGUCACCGGCUGCUGGCAGAGGCCGAGGCAGUGCCGCUGCCACAGCACCUGGUUCAGCUCAUCGCCAAAUGUGAUGCCCUCCACGCUGCCGUUGAGAAGGGAUCCCUGCUUGAACUGAGGGAUUUGUUAGACACGGACUACAAUCGCAAUAAAAGCGUAACGUGCUACGACGAGGCGGGCGUAGGUCUACUACACAAAGCUGUAUUCUACGACUACAUGGACAUUGUCAAAUGGCUCGUCGAAAGCUUUCCGCACCUCGUUCAACAACGAGACUCAGAAGGCAGGACUGCGUUGCAUUACACGGCCGUGUGCCGCGACGAGGCGGCAGCGGCGGCGCUGCUGCAGGGGGCGGGCGCGGCGAGGGGGGCGCGGGACGCGUCCGGCCGCACGCUCGCCCACUACCGCGCCGCUCGCACUCUGCUCGCGCUGCCCGCCGCCGACAUGCCACAGCCCGCGCUCAAAAACCCGCCAGGGUUGGCGAUAAAACGCCACAACAUAAGAAUAUGGUGCCACGAGUGUGACAUGGGCCGCUUACAACGUGUAGUGUGGGAAGGCCACGGCACUCGAUUGCUCAGCGAGGUCUCCAGCCAGCCUAUUGUGAAGCGAUUUCUUGAAGCGGUCCCUUACAUUAUGAAUACCAUCCGCGAUAUACACAACUCGGUCAUUCAGAAUGAUCUGGAAGGAUUGAUGAGGCUAACAGCGGACCCCGUGUCGCCACAAGUACUUUCCGGAAGAGAUGUAAAUGGCAUGACGGCUUUUCAUAAGGCUGCCGGGUUGGGACAUUGCGGUAUAUUGAAGUACAUAACAGAAAAAUACCCUCAGGGCAUUAAAGACGUUGACAGUGAUGGACGGGCACCUCUGCAUUACGCCGCUACUGUUAAGGACGAACAACACACAUACAACACGCUUGUCGAACUUGGAGCCGACGAAAGUGUUGUUGACAACCCUAGAAAGAAGAAUUUGAAAGCUGCAACUGAAAACAUAUCGUCAAAAAAUAAUAAUAAUAGUAGUGUAUCAGAAAUAACAGAAAGUUUGCCGAACGCUAUGAAGAAUAGCAGCACUCACGAACUCAUAAGUACUUUACCAGAGUUAGACAAUACGGAUGACACAAAUAUAAAUAAAAAUCAAAAUAAUGAAGAAGAUUUAAAAGACAACGAGGCAACAAACGAAGUAAAAGAAAAAACAUUAAAAGAAGACAUACAUGAAGAAAAAGACAUUGAGCAUAUAACAGAGAAACCUUCUAAAAUGGAGAUUAUGACAUGCAGUGAUGAUGAAAAUAAAACAAAUACAGAUAUAAAAAGUAAUGAAAAUAGUGAUGAAAAUUCUUUAACAAUUGAAGAGACUACAAAAUUAGAUGAUGAUGUCACCUCUGGGGUUAAGAGUAUAGAAGAUCCUGCUAACAAAAAUGCUUCAAGCAAUUCUUUCAAAGAACCUGAUGAAAAUGACGAAAAGAGCGACGAAAUAGAUCAUCUGAAAAAUAGCAUGAAAUAUACUGAAAAGUCAAGUGAACAUAAGAAUGAUGAAAAAAAUCACGAAGAAAUACACGUUCCAAAAGGUGAUUCUAUAAACACCGAAGGAAAAAAGAAAGGUGAUCUUGAAGAAAACAAUGAACUUGCUCAUCUUGAAGAUCACACUAAAGAAAAUAAUGAUAUCCAUAAAGUAAAUGAAGACAAAGAGAUAUCUGAUGCUAAAAUUUCUCAAGCUGCAGAAUCAAUUGUACACGAGACUAUAAACGGUGAAUUAGAAACUGAAAAGGAGGAAAUGUAUCCCCACGCUGAGGAUACAGAUUACAUGCCAGAAGAAAGAGAUACAAUAGGAGAAGAAGGAAACCUGACCAACGGCAGAAAUACUCAGGAAAGUCUUAUAGAAGGUAUAAUUAGGGCAGAUGCUGAACAAGAUUCACAGGAUGCUGGUAUGACAGAAAAAGACGCCUCAGUGCACGGAGAAAUACUUAUUGUUGACAACGAAAUUGACCCAGAAGUGACUGAUUUAAUAAAUAAUGCAAACAUGGAAAUGUUGGCCACAUUAGUACUCAAUGGUGAGGGGUCUAGAUUAAUCGGAAGACGUUCACAAAAUGCAGAACUACAAGCGUUUUUAGAAAACGUACCUAUGUAUAUGCAAAAAAUCAAAAGAGUUCAUAUAGCGGCAAAAGACGGUAACAUAAGAGAUUUGCAAACAGCAUUAGAUAGAAGAAAAUUUGCAAUAGCACGUGACCCAAUAUCGCCAAACGGAGCUACACCUCUACACGUUGCUACCGUAUUUGGAAAAACAAAUAUUAUAAAAUACCUCGGCGGAAGAUUUCCUGAAACCUUAUCUGCCGUAGACUUUGAGGGCAGAACAGCUUUGCAUUACGCUGCAGUCAUACCAGACAAUGGCCAUUAUUUUAAUUUAUUGCAGCAGUUGGGCGCUAAUGCUAAAGAUUUAGAUGAUAAUGGCCGGUCAGCAGAAGAUUAUUUAAACAGCCCUUAUUUACUGCCUUACGAGCAGAUGUUCGCUGAUUAUGGUGUAACUGAUGACGUCAUUCAAAGCAUGUUAUCGGAUAAAGGCAAGAGUCACGCUGCUAACGGCCAUAUGGACAUUCCCACUUUUCAAACGGAAGAGGGCAGAUACCUUGCUAAGUCUCUCGGCGAUCCUUUAAUCAAAGGAUUAACCGAAGUGGCUAACGUAAAGCCUAAAGAUCCGGUCGCGUUCCUUGCCAGUUUUCUACACAAUUUUCCCGAACACGAAAAACCUCGCUUGAACACGCAGGAAUCGAGAACGAUAGUAACGAGCCAAGAACCUGAAGUGAAAAACGACCAACCGCCUCCAUUAGAGCAGAUGGAGACGCCACCAGCAGUGAGGAGUGCAGCAAAAACGGCCGUUCGUCACCAGGGGCCGAUCGACGUCAUCACCCUGGACCCUAAAACCGAAGUCAGCCCUGAUGCCCCGGAGAACGCUUAUAGCAGCGUCAACAGGGACGAACAUGGACAGUCUAUGCUGCAUUUCGCCGCGGCACGCACGCACGCCAACAACGCAUUAUUCCAACUGCUGCAAGAAUCCGACGUGAGUUUAGGAUAUCGUGACGAGCUCUACAGGACAGCGAGAGACGUGUCCAUCCAAGCCAACGUGCCAGAAAACACGGUCGAAAUUGAUAAAUGGGUCUUACAUUUGGCUGCCAGAGGGAACAGUGAGAAAAUAAUGGAAUUACUGUUACAAGGCUACGACCACAUAUUAGACAUCGUGGACUCAGAAGGAAAGUCCAUAACGGAAGUAGUUACACAUCGAGGUGACACGGAAAUGAGAAAUCUUCUAGCGUCAAUACCAGCUUUUGAGGAGUCGCGAGAAUCCCUCCACGCUGCAGUAAGGCAGGGUGACCUAGCCAGUGUACGGGAGACGGUAGCUGCCGAGGGUGGCCGUACCCUCGCACGCUCGCACAACUCUUUCGGCAGGACAGCUCUGCAUGUGGCAGUGCUCGCUCAGCAAGAGGACAUUGUCGCCUAUUUAGCGGAAUCCUGCCCGGAGCUGUUGCGGAUUGGCGACAACUUGGAACGUACACCUCUACAUUAUGCAAUGGGGGUAGACAAAAUUGAGUCUUUGAGUAGAGUGCUCAUCCGUGCCGGCUCCAAGAGAGUCCUGAAAGAUCUAAAAGGGCGCCAACCUUCGUAUUACUUCAUGAACAAGUCCGAUAUACUGCGGCUGAAGGAAGAGGAAGAAGCAUAU